AUGGAUUCGAAAGAGGCACAUCAGCGUCGCCUCCUUCUGUUUUUCAUCGGUAUCUUUCUUCUUUUAACUUUGGCUGAAGUGGACUCAUGUCAAAAACUAAGGCUUUUGUCCUAUCCUACAAAAUACCUCCGUUGUUUCGCAGGAAACCAACACUAUUUUCACUUUAACGCUCCUGCACUACUAAAGCAUCGAUAUAACGUCAGAAAGAUUGACGAGUAUUUUGCAAGGGAAUUGGUGUUCGAGAAAAUUGAAAAACGCUGGAACUAUUGGAAAAAGCUAACAGGAGGUCAACCGAUUAUAAAAGAGGAACUGGGAAAAACUCCGAAGACAGUCACAUUCUUACCAACAAAUUCGAUAGCUUUGAAAGAAAUUUUGCACGAUUUACAAUUUUUUCCUCUCCUCUUUCGUGACCAUAACGAUCCUAUCACAUUCAACAUCCCGGUAGAUGGGGAAACAAUGAAAUUGAGGCUGCAAAAUAACGAAGAAACGGGACAGUUUCUUGCACACAAUGUUUUCAAUGAUCCGCCUGGCACUGCCGAUCAAACAACUGACCUUUUUGAUGAAAUAAAUCCUCUCGAAGAAUUUAACAAUAUUGAAGACUCAUCAGAUCAUGUUCAUAUUUUUAAAAAUGUACUAAAAGUCGUAAUACCUGAAAUUUAUAGCGCGAGUUUAGGUCGCACAGGAGAAUUCAACGAACAAUUAAGAAUAGAGGAAGACGUUCAAAGGGCAAAAAAUGAAAGGGAUGGAAAAGCUGUUCUAACGCCAAUUUCAGAAAACAGCAGAAAUGCGGCGUUCAGAAAGGGUUUUGAAUUUAUGGCUGCUGGUAAUUUCGGAGGACAUGUACCAAAAAAGGCAUGGCUUCGACCGAUUCACGACGCUCUGCAGACAGAAAGAAAAAUAAUCACGGACAAGUUAAACGGUGAAAUCGAAGCAGAUGAAACUACGAAGAUUAAAUACGAACUUACUGCAAAAAUGCUAAAAACGGGACAAGACGCUAAACGUCGGUGGGACGAGUUAAAACACGAUGGCAUCAUUGUACCAAAAUAUGACGCAAAUGGAAAAUUAACACAAGUGAAAAUAAAGGAAACGGAUGUUAUGAUACUAAGCGAAUCCUUUGAAUUGCUGCAAUCGUUUCUUCAAAUUUACCCCGAGGUAGAAAAUGGACAGCGGAUAAAAAUUAAUAUUCCCAUUGGAAACACGAAAGGAGGUGUCUAUCUUUCAAGAGCAAUACGUGGAGAAGAACAACUAGUGGUGGGGACUAGGAAUGAGGAUUGGCCAGAAUCUACGCCACGUAAAGAAAACGGCGGAAUGUUUAGACCAUCUUAUGAUGACAUGGUGGAUAAAGUUCUCGGUAAAGUCACCGAACCUGCGAUUUUUAGCGAUGUAUUGUUAGGCGCAUGCGUGUCAGGUUUAGACAACCAACCAGACUUUGACGCCCAAUUUGAAUCAAUAAGUGCUAGUAGUAACGGUAUGGUAAAAACUGCUGAUUUGACACGUUCUUCCGUUGAGUUGUUGACCAUAUCCAUGGUUGCCGAAGCUGCGUCACCUCCAGAUAUACUAAAAGCACAAUUCGUGGAAGAUAUAAUAGAAGUUAUCGACAAAGAAAAACGAUUUCCUACCGCAAAUGAAAUGCCUAGUCUGGAAGAUCCUUAUGGAAAUAUGCUCAACGCAGGAAAAACGCCAGUCAAAGCAGGGAAAAGAACAACGGUCAAAGCAGGAAGAAAUCCAGUUAAUGCUGAAAUAACCAUGAACCUGUUGAAAGAAAUUUCUCGAACGAACGUUGGAUUCGAUGUGGUUUUCGUGAACAGCAAGUAUCCCGCAAGAGGCGUGGUGAAGAAGGAUGGCGAGCCCCCUAAAGAAGGAACAAAAGAUGCGAGGAUUUAUGUUCAAAGAAAUGGAGAUAGCGAAAUUCCAUCACACGCACUUCGUGAAUUAACUCACAGUGUUUAUUAUGGACAAACCGUAGCCGAAAUAGCGCGUUUGUCCUGUGUUAACCCCAAAAAACUAAGGGUUGUAAUGUUAUGUUUCGCUAGUUGCUAA